GUUUUCCUCUGAAAACUUGACGCACAAUGCGGCGUCUUUUCUGUCUCGGCCUGGCUGGUAGAGGCGUGGUGUGACGAUCGCAAAGCUGCCAUAUAAAAGGACUUAGCUUUCAGAAAGAUAAAAAAAGAAGUGCGCUGAGUCGGGCCUGCGAGUCGAGAAUUGCCUUCACGGACGUCAUGGCAGAAACCGAAGGCAAAACCACGUCGCUCAACGGGGCCUCUGGGGAGGAAGAAGCCAAGGGGGAUCAACACAAAGACGCCUGUGGGAGCGAAGAUGGAGCGAAACACAGUGACAACGGAGAGGCAUCUGGUGACAGAAAUGGACCAGAAAGUGAGCCGAAGGCGGAGGAAGGUGAAGAGGAGGAGGAGGAGGAUGAUGAGGAAGACACUGACAGCAUGGAUGGAAGCGGCCUCUUUUCUCUGACUGAGGAUGGUGAAAGAGACAGCGAGGGAGGCAGACAGGAGAGGGCGAAAGAUGGCGGAAGAAGGGCCGCACGGAAGCGGAACAGACCCUGCGGCGGCAAUAACAACAACCGUUCCUCCAGCUCGGAUGACGAUGACGAAGAGGAGCUGAAAGAUGGCGACGAAAACGACAAGGAAGACGACGAGGAAGACGAGGCGAUGGAGGCGUGGUUGGGCGCCGAGCUGCAGGACCUGCGCAGGCUGGCGUGGCGCGCCAUCCCCUCACUGCGCUGUCGGGAGAUUGGCCGGGACUCGCAACAGUUUGUGAGGCGCGUGUGCGGCGCCCGGGGCCUGGUGCAGAGGCUGGAACUACAGGGUCGGCUGGAGAGACACUCCGGUUGCGUCAACACGCUGCACUUCAACCCGUCGGGCACGCGGCUGGCGUCCGGCAGCGACGACCUCCGCGUGGUCAUCUGGGACUGGGCCAUCCGGCGCGCUGAGCUGGAGUUCGACAGCGGGCACAAGAGCAAUGUCUUUCAGGCCAAGUUCCUACCUCACAGCGGUGACUCCACCUUGGCCAUGUGCGCCCGUGACGGUCAGAUUCGUGUGGCGGAGCUCUCAGCCACCCAACGCUGCAAGAACACCAAGAGGGUGGCACAGCACAAAGGGGCUGCACACAAGUUGGCCCUGGAGCCGGACUCUCCGUGCUCCUUUCUGUCGGCGGGAGAGGACGCCAUCGUGUUUGGAAUCGACCUGCGGCUUGACCGUCCUGCGAACAAACUGGUGAUGGUGAAGGAAGGUGACAAAAAAGUGGGCCUCUACACAAUCUUCGUCAACCCGGCCAAGACGCAGCACUUUGCGGUCGGCGGGAGGGAUCAGUACGUCAGGAUUUACGACCAGAGGAAGAUCAACGAGAAUGACAAUAACGGCGUACUGAAGAAGUUCUGCCCCUCACAUCUGGUGUCCAACGAGUCCAAAACCAGCAUCACCUGCCUCGUGUACAGCCAUGAUGGCACAGAGCUACUUACCACCUACAAUGACGAGGACAUCUACCUGUUUGACUCCAACCACAGCGACGGCGCCAACUACUGCAGGAGAUACAAGGGACACCGCAACAAUGCUACAGUGAAGGGCGUCAAUUUCUACGGGCCGUGCAGCGAGUUUGUGGUGAGCGGCAGUGACUGCGGACACAUCUACCUAUGGGAUAAACACUCAGCUCGCAUCGUCCAGUUCAUGGAGGGCGACAGAGGCGGAGUGGUGAACUGCUUGGAGCCGCACCCCCACCUGCCAGGCAUGGCUACGAGCGGCCUAGACCAUGACAUCAAGCUGUGGGCCCCCACUGCCGAGGUUCCCACUGGACUCAAGGGCCUCAAAGAGGUGAUGAAAAAGAACAAGCGGGACCGUGAUGAGGACAGCGUGCGGCAUGGUGACCAGUAUGACACCCAGCUGCUGUGGUUCCUGAUGAGACACAUGAGGACCCGACGGCCACAGAGCACACGACGUGAAGGAGCUGACGCCGACACCGACGAGUCUUGGAGCUCGCCAGACACCUCUGACGAAGAGGAGGGGAGUCCAGAUCAUGUUCAGUGCAUGUCCUCCUGAGCCACACACGCACACACAUGCAUACAGAUACUGUCCAGUAAAAAGCAGGUACUGCAUGUCCCCAAAAAAAUAAAUCAAUAAAAAAAAUCAACGGCGAUGUUUUGGAUAACGAGAAAAAUAAUAAACAACUGAAAAUGUAAUACACAAUUAUGUUUCAGACAAUAAGGAAACAAAUUCAUCACUUGGUAUUUGUGUCCAAAAAAGAUUCAGGGCUACAAAUUUAUAUUUAUAAUCGAUAAACCAAAUUUAACAAUUUGUCUUUUUUUUAUUAAAACAUACGUGUCUUAAUAAAAUGUUUAUUUGUUACAUACAUGUCUACACAGAAGAUGCACAUGUACGCAGAGAGCCAAUGACCAAUGAAACGCAUCCAUCUCCAACUCAAGUAUAAAAAUGAUGGUGCUGCCUACUUUUCACUGGACAACCAUGGCGCAUUCAUGCCCUCUUUAGCAUGACUGACACACCGACGCACACACAAAUCAGACUUAGUGAUGGUGGAGAAUGCUGGCCACUGUACGAAGACGUCAAUUUUCCAGUGUCCCAUUUUUGACUUCUGCCUCUAAACGUACACCAGCACGUAGCCACACUCCUUCCCAUCGUAGCGUCACGCUCCUGCGCAGAUUGCUGACCCCUCUCAAACUACUGAGUGCACUUUGAAUCAGGGACGUUGCCGUUUUGACACAUGCACUAAAGAGUGAUUUGUUUUCUCUUUUGUCAGCAGUGAUUCGAUUUUCUUCUUCACAGCAUUCAUAGUUUUUUCUCACUUGCGCCCAUUUCUGUUCACUCCAUCUUUGACAGGAAACGUUCUGCUCACUUUCACUGCAUGCGCCACGGACUGGAACUUUUAACACACCCCCACACCCCCAAGAUUGGAUUCAGUGCAAUUGCUCCAGUUCACCCACGCAAUUUUUAAGUAGUAUGGCCCUGACAGGGAAAACCAAAUGGUACCAAACUAUAAAGGAAAAAAGUUCCCCAACCCCCGAUUGGAAGCCGUACGAUCUGUAGCUGAAUUAGGAGCAGCUGAUUGGCUGGAAACUGGAAUAGGUAUAGAGGGUGGCGUUGGGGGAUUUUUGAGGAGGGUGGUGGUUUCUUUGGACAUCGUGCUUGCCCAUUCUUUGUGGUGUGAGAGCAAUUGAAGCUUGGCUUUUUUUUUCUCGUUUUCUGAGAAUCCGUAGUCAAAUUGUACAUAUAUAAAUAUGAAAAGUGUAAAAAAAAAAUCAACCUAUAGAAGAUGCUGUUUGUCAUGCAACAUAUUUGAUUGGUUAAAGAUGCAGAGGUUUAUAUUCGAUACAGAUCCAUGAUGCACCUUUUUCUCCUGAUCACCCGAGACUGUCCUUUACAGUAUUAUGUUACCAUUGUACACAGUGCCGUUUUUCAUUUGGAAAAAUGGAUUCAAAUUUUCCCACCCGCAGGCUUGACAUUUUUGAAACAUCGACUGGUUCUGUUGGAAAUCUGUUGAAGAAUUUGUGCAAUAAAACAGACAGUGCUCUUGA